AUGCGAACCUGGGUGUUGAUUGCGGCGUUAGCCGCGGUCUGCCUGGCCGCUCAGCAGGAGCUGAGUCAUAAGGAUAGAAUAAAAGCGACGUUGAAGUCAUGGAGUCCAAAUGUUGACAAGCAUUUCUUCGAACCAAUCAGACACCAGACUUACAGAGCUGAUGAAGACUCUGAUCUCAUUUUGGAUACCACUCAUCACAUUUCAAAACGAUCCAUUGUCCCACCACUAAUGCUAGCUGGACAAGCAACAAGAGGAUGUAAUAAGCCAGGAUACACUGGAGAAACUUGCCAAUAUCCACUCUGCCAAGCCCGCAACCCAUAUGUGCCCAACGACCAGUCAUCAGAUGAUGUCUCCAUCGACGCUAUCAAUCUCGCCAAUUGCACUGAAUCUCACGUCAUUGUUGUUGAUGAGACCAUGUGGGAUAUCAAGAUUGAGUUGGAGACUGAAUCACCAUUGAACCCAACUUUCUUCCUUCAAGCUGAGAAUGGAGAUUUGAUGUUCCCAGAUUCCGAUCGUCAAACUCCAACCGCCUACAUCGCCACAUACAUAGGUCUGGCUCCAGGUCAAUAUCUUUUGGGACCAAGAGCCGAUACUGGAGAUCAACUUUGCACCAUGUUCAUGUCUGCUCGCACUUUUAUCAAACUCAGCGGAGGAUUCACAUCUGGAGAUCAAGCGGAGCGCAGUGACUACCCAACUUUGAAGUACACCUAUUUUGAUACCGAGUCAGUCGUCGCUCUUCAUGUCCAAGGACUCGAGUACCCAGGUCAAAUCCAAGCCGUUGGAUUCACUGGAGCCGAGAAUCAUAUCACGAGAUACAUUCCAAUUGCUACCCGAUUCAACUGUACCUACCCAUACAUUUUGGAGAGAUACACUUGCAGAAGAACUAGCAACAACGAUCAAGGACACAACUUUUUGCAAGUUGAAGGAAUGACUAAUUCUGGAUACUUGUUCCGUCGUAUUUUACCUUACCAGUGUGUCUUGCCUCCAGUAACUACUACCAUCGCCCCAGCUCCCACCACUCCAGCAGCACCACUCACAUCUUGCCAGAAUGGAGGACAGCUUCUCAAGGAUGCUGGCGGAAAUCCUUAUUGCUACUGCUUCGGAUUGUACGGUGGACGUGAUUGUGGCCAGAUUAUCUGUGCUAAUGGAGGAAUCCUCCCAACUCCAGACAGCGAUCGUUGUGUUUGUACCGAGGGAUUCACUGGAUUCCACUGCCAAAACAUCGUCUGUACCGAAACUUCUGGAUUCGAUUUCAACGCCGAAAAUCCGACGCUCACCCUUGUCAUCCGUUCCAGAACUCAACUCUCAGCUGUCAUUGAGCAAGCCACCAACUCUGUUAAAGAGAUUGUGGACCUAUUGGCCUCCGAACCUGGUUACCUCACCAAUUACAUCGUCGUUCUUUUCGAUAACGGAAAACUCCUUCUCAGCGAGAGAUAUGACUCAUGGGAUAAAGCCAUGGUUGAUCUUACUAAAGCAAUUCACUCGGCUCCAACUGAUGGUGGAUGCGAUGAUGUUGUAUUCUCAUCUGUUGCUGCUGCCCUCUCUCAAUAUCCAACCAACAAGUCUCCGAUCUAUGUUAUCACCGACGCCAAUCCAAACGACAGCGCUGAAAAGGAAACAGUCUUCCAUUUGGAAUCUUACUGGAGAGCUCCGAUCUAUUUUAUCUACGUCAAACCAGGACCAGCUGAUGGAUGCAACACGUCUCCAGACAACUCUGCAUACAGAGAUAUGGUUGAUAUGGCUGCUCGCACUAGUGGUAACACAUUCUAUUUCGAAAACCAAACCGCUGUAUCUACAUUCCUCUAUCAACACAUGCUUUACACUCUCUACCGUUCACAAAUGAUUCUCUCUGGAGACUACUCGCACUGUGGCAAUCAGAAUCUCUACAAAACCGCUUCCGUCGACUUGACUGCUGAUGAGGUGGUUGUUGUGGCCACUGGAACAGAUUUGCAAUUAACUGCAACCAGUCCAUUGCAAACGUAUCCAGAUUUUGAUGUUGCUUACACUGAUGGGGUCAAUUACAUUUGGAAAUACAACAGACUUGUUGCUGGAAAUUGGUUUUUCACUAUCAGAUCUAGCUCACCAAACUCCGCUUGUACAUUCAAGGUCUACCAGAAGAAGUUCAACUUCGGAGGAACCAGUCAAUACAGCCCAGACUACGACAUCUUCUGGUCCUUCGCCACUACUCUUACCUCUGCUGCCGGAGUUCUUCGUCAGCCAGUUCUUGGAUUUGACGCCUCUCCAGUCUUCCAUGUCUCCAGCUACCCAGCAUUCAUUUCAAUGGACCGUGUCCACGCCAAUCUUCAAAUCUACGCUAUCCGAGAUGGAGUCCAAACUGAAGUCUACGGAUCGAGUGGAAUGUGGAGAGACGCUUGCGAGUUCAAUUUCUACUUCCCUCCAUUCACAUGCCGUGUCCCAGAUGAGGUUCUCUACUUCAACUUCUUUGCCCGUGAUAACAAUGACAUGGCUCUCCAACGUGCUGGAACUAUGUACUGCGCUUAUGUUCAUCCAACUCCACCACCAGAUCAUCAAUGUCAAAAUGGAGGAGUCAUGAAUCCAUCGAACACCACUUGCUUCUGCACUCCAGAAUUCACUGGAACCUAUUGCCAGAACAUUGUUUGCUACAACGGAGGAACUCCAACCGGAGAUCACUGUGUCUGCCCACCAGGAUUUGCCGGAGAAAGCUGUGAACUUGCCAGAUGUGUCGAGACUGGACCAAACCCCGAAUUCGUCCGUUAUGGAGUCGACAUGGUUUUCGCAAUUGAAAUAACUCAACAAUCCAUUGCUUCUAUCGCCAUACUUAGUACACGCUUCCAAGAAAUUCUUCGUGAUGUUCAGAUGCAAAGACGCGAAUGGAUUCGCAACUUUGUCCUCGUCGGGUUCAAUUCUACUUGGGGAGGACCUAUUGCUGAGUCUCCUGCUGGAAACGUCUCAGGUAUCAUCACUGCUCUGAGCAACAUUGCCAGUAGUGUACCUGCUGAUACCGGAUGUACCGUCAAGCUUUGGGACGCGUUGAAUCAUGCUAUUUUCGCGAGAGAAUUGGCUCCAGGAUCUUUCGUUGAAAUUUUCCAAACCACUCCAGAAGACGAUACAGACGCAAGACAACUUGGUCUUUUCUAUGACAUGUCUCGCCGAAUGGAUCUUGUACUUUACGGUUUCUUGUUCGCUUUCCCACGACUAUCACCAGAAGGAUUUGUUUGCAACGCUAAGGUGGAGAACUACUACACACUUCUUGGAAUUGUCAGUGGAUCUACGGGAGACACUUAUAUUAUGCAACCAUCGGAGAUCGACAACGCCGCCAGACUCAUUCCAUUGCAAUUCUCAAAUGGACAAGUUACUUUCAACUAUGACAUGGACUGCAGGCAUGACAACGGACUUAUCACUUACUUCCCAGUGGAUGCUUACGCUCAGACGAUUCAAAUUGAUACAUUUGGUUAUGGUACAACAAUUCAAAUUUUCAACGGACAAGGAGUGAUGGCUGAGGCUUUGGAACUUUUCUAUGACGAUUUCACAGGUCAAAGUGUCUAUGAAGUCAGAAAGGCUUGCGAUGAAGGAUGGGACAACUACGGUCAAUACUGUCUCAAAUUUGUGAUUGGUAAUGACGAUAUCAUGACCAUGCCACAAGCUAGAAAGUUCUGUGCAAACGCUGGAGGAUACCUUGCUGACGAUACCAGCGACGGCCAAAACGGUUUCUUGAACAUGGCUGCGUCCAGAACCCAGUUCUGGAUUGGUCUUUUCAAGGACAGUGAUCAGCAGUUCUACUGGGAUCGCGGACAGGGUAACAAUCCGGACCCACUCAAUCCAGCAGUCACUUACUGGGCAGACAAUCAGCCGAGCAAUGAUCCUGUAGACCAAUGUGUUUAUUUCGACGGAAGAUCUAGUGACGGUAAUAAGGUCUGGGUAACAGACACUUGCUCUACUCCGAGACCAUUCGUGUGCCAAAAGCAUCGAUAUGAUGAUAAAUACACACCAAAUGAAAUUGGAAAGGGUGACUUGCCAGCUGGACAAUGGUACGCUUACCUCAAAUCCAACCCAGCCGAUGGAAAACCACCAAACUGUUCGCUCAGUGUCCGUGUUCAGUCUAGUCUCCAAAUUCUUACUGGAUACAGUACCAGCAUUGGAAGCGACUACCCGCAACCAGAUCCAAUUCAAGACUCUUCUGCCAACAGACUCAUCACAUAUAUUCACUCGGUUGACAACCAACAGCGUGCUCCAAUUCUCACUGACGCCAUUCUUUGGGAUGCCUACACUGGAAACUUCUACAACGGACUCAAGUAUCAAGGAAGAUUCGCUUGCCAAUAUGGAUGGGUUUCACAAGACUUCUCAUGUCCGAACGGAGACGAUCCAGCUAACGAAUUUGGAGUACUUCACGUCGGAGAAGACGAAUUUGGAAACACAUUCCAACGUCUCACCUAUGGACAUUGUUCUCGUGCUGAAAUCACCUGUGGAAACGGAGGAAUUAGAAAGAAUGGACAAUGCGUCUGCAAUGAAUAUUGGACCGGAUCUCGUUGUACUGUACCAAUUUGCGUUAACGGAGGAACCAGAAACUCGGAUGAGGCUUCUUGCUCCUGCCCAAGUGGAUACACUGGACCAAACUGCCAGUUUGAGCAGUGUCAACCAACUGUUCCACAACUUUUCAGCAAUGAUAGAAAAUCUCUUCUGUUGAUUGUUGAAACCACAAAACAGAAUGCCCCAACUGUCAACCAGCUUAUUGCCAACUUAUCAGAUAUUGUCACUGGAGCAACAAUGUUCGCCCCACUCUGGUUCACAAACUUUGGCCUCGUCACCUUCGAUACCACCGGAAGAACGUUCGAAAAGUUCGACUACACCAACAUCAAUGACCUCAUCGCUGAUCUCACCACUCAAUCUAACGCUAUUUCCACUGAUGGUGCAUGCAGCAUGCCAUAUCUUGGAGUUGUCGCGCAUCUUUUGGAGCAUGAUGAUGUGAUCGCAAUGCCAAAUAGUGAAAUUUUGUUGGUAACCCCAGCCGGACCAUCUGAUCUGCAAACCUAUGUGGAAACCAUGGAGAACUUGUUCAACACCCAAGCUCAUCUCCAUUACAUUGUCUCCAAGUCAGCAAACUGUCCAACAUUCGAUGGUGUCAAUAAUGUCCAGGAUAUGACUUGGCUCGGAUACGGGUCCAGCGGUAACAUUAUUUUCACCGAUUCUGACAACAUUGUUUCUCUCCUCAACAACUACCUUCCAUCUCUCUACGGAGCUUCAGUCCUUCAAGACCCAACUGGAGCUGCCAACUACACCUGUUCCGAUGGUUCCACCCCAUGGUUCGUUCCAAUUGAUUCCAACGCCACAUUUAUCUAUGUUACCACUGCUUCUGAAUUUGGAUCUCUGUCCGUCAAGGACCCACUUGGACUUGUUCACAACCUUGCCCCAGCCUACAAUGCUGGAGAACAAAAAAUGUAUAAGAUCGAAGUUGAUGGUCUUGGAGGAAUCUGGUCUCUUCAACUUGUCAAUCCACCAGGCUUAUGCUUGGCUCAUGUCUACACCACAGGAGGUGCCAAGAUCUACACCAAGUUCUCACUUCCAAUGCCAGUUGGAGUGAACACUGAUCCACUGGGUGCCCAUCAAGACGGAAGAAACAUCCAACCAGUUGCUGGAUUUGAAAAUGUUGCUACUUUCCAUUUGUACGGAAACUCGUUCAGUAAUGGACAACUGCAAUACGCCGAGAUCUUCGAUAUUGAUUCAAAUGGAGGUGCCACCAACAUUCUCCGCUCUGAACUAUACAGAAGAGACAGAUGCUCUUACGAGUACUAUUCUGACUUGUUCACUUGCAAUGGUGAUAUGGUUAUUAUCUUCGUUCACGGAGUUGAUGAAAACAAUCAGAAGUUUAGAAGACAACAAGUUGUAAUUUGCAAUGGCCGCAACCCAACCACCGGACAACCUGUUACUGGAACUAUUGGACCUGUUACCCAAGGACCAAAUACCCAGCCAACGCAACAGCCACCAAUGACCACACAAACCCAAGCUCCACCAGCUAAACGCGGCUGGGAACAAAACAUUUUUCAGAGCCCAUCUCCAUCAACAGCUCCAGGACAACAAUUUGAUAUUGUUUUCAUGAUCGAUGGAUCUCAAUCCGCGCAAACUAGUUUCGAUACCUUCACCAAGUUCAUUCAAACCUUCAUGAUCAACUAUGACGUUGGAAUAAGUGGAGCUCAUGUUGGACUUGUCGUCGUUGCUCCAGACAUUGAGGACCAAGCACCGCCAGCCGCUAAUUUGAACUCUAUCACUUCUCAAGCCAGUUUGAUCUCCAACUUGGGACUUCUCAGGGACAACUACGCAGAUUUCGACCACGCCGGACAAGUUCUUACUUACAACCUCCAGGUAGUCAGCUCAGCUGAAUACAUGAGCCCAACUGCUGGAUACCGUACUAACAUCAACAAUCAUCUUCUGGUCUACAUCACAACAACCACUUCAUUCUACACCGACCCAACUCCAUCUGCUCAAACCAUUAUCGCUCAAAAGCAAUACGGAAUCAUCACUAUUGGAUACGGACCAACCGUUGACGCCGGAAAACUUCUGACUAUUUCUGGUGGAGCCGCAUGCUCGUUCACAGCUAAUGAUGUUGCUAGCUUGAACAACCAAAUCAAGCCUAUUCAACAACUUAUCGCGACCGCUGGAACCAACGGAGGAAUGUACUGCAAGAGCAAUUGA